CCUCUUGAAUAUAGAGUGCACUAUGUAGGGCACUGCCUUAUCGACGCAUGUAGGGCACUCACUUAUCUAGGGAGCAUGUGUAGGUUUAGUAUUGAACCGGAGUGUGUUUUGGUUUUGAAUGGUUGGAGGAUGUGUGUAUAGGAGCUAGCUGGGCUAAUCUCGACUCUGUUGUGGAAGAAUGGUCACUCACUGACCGGAACCGCCCUCAUGAUGAACUUCGACGGUCUGGACCCAGGACUGGGUGAGUACGCGACCGGCCUGCACGGAGGCAUGGAGCCCGGGCUGGACUCGACUCUGGACCCGGCGCUGCUGCAGGCCGUGGAGAUGGACCCGGACGCCAUGGCCGUGCCAGUGGCCGAGGGCAUGUACUCCGAGCUGCACAGUGUGGCGUCCGAGGUCGGAGUUCCGGUCACAGCGACCCACUUCGACAUGCACGAAGAGCUGCUGUGGAUCGGGAACCACCGGGGACAUGCAAGCUCCUUUUUCGGGCCAACAAUGGGACGUUACUCCUCUAUCCAGGUGCACCAGGCUGAUGACAUCCGCCACAUUCAGAGCAUGGACACCGGCGUCCUGUUUCUGACUAAGAGUAACCUCAAGUGCCUUACACGAGGCGGCCUUGUCAUGUUCGACUACCCAAUGGAGGAGGGUGCUGACAUGCACAGUUUGCUUCUCACUGACAAUAACACGCUGCUGCUGGGAGGCUUGCAGAACUAUGUGACCGAGGUGGAUCUGAACACCGUGCAGGAAACUCAGAAAUUCACCGUGGAGAUCCCUGGCGUGGCCAUCAUGAGGCAGUCCAAUCGUUUCUUCUUCUGUGGACAUACGUCUGGAAAGGUGUCCUUGCGAGAUCUGCGCACCUUUAAAAUAGAGCACGAGUUUGACGCGUACUCGGGCAGCCUUUCUGAUUUUGACGUGCACGGCAACCUGCUGGCGGCGUGUGGUUUCUCAAGCCGAGGGCUCAACGGACUGUCGUGCGACCGCUUCCUGAUGGUGUACGACCUGCGCAUGAUGCGAGCCGUCACCCCUCUGCAGGUGCAUGUGGAUCCGCUGUUUCUCCGCUUCAUCCCUACUUACACGUCCCGCCUGGCCAUUAUCUCCCAGUCAGGUCAGUGUCAGUUCUGCGAGCCCACAGGUCUGGCCAACCUGGCCGAUAUUUUCCACGUGAAUACAGUGGGGCAGCUGCUAAUGAGCUUCGACGUGUCGAGCAGUAAGCAGGCGCUGGCAUUCGGAGACUCGGGCGGCUGCGUGCACCUGUGGUCCAGCGCCCCAGAUGUCUCCUACAACGACUACUCCAGAGAAACGGACCUGGCACUACCUUGUCAUGUAGACUCACUUCCCCAGCUGGACUGGAACCAUGAGCUGGUGCCACUGUCUCUGGUGCCAAUGCCUCUCACCAGCACGGAGCCUCUGCUGUCAGACUGGCUCAGCAACCUAGUCACUCCCAACCCCAGACGUGCACCUCCCGUGGACCCAGAGAUUCUGAGAACGAUGAAGACUGUCGGGUUUAUCGGAUACGCUCCGAAUCCUCGCACACGCCCCAGAAAUCAGGUUCCUUAUAAGAUAAAGGAGGUGGAGCUGGAGUAUGACAACUACAACCAGGUUCCAGAAUCUCCAAUUGGAAGAGAUGAGGAGCCUCACCUUUACAUGGUGCCAAAAAAGUACAGAAAGGUCACCAUCAAAUACUCCAAACUUGGGCUUGAGGACUUUGACUUCAAGCAUUAUAACAGGACUCUGUUUGCUGGUUUGGAGCCUCAUAUACCCAACGCUUACUGUAACUGCAUGAUCCAGGUGUUGUAUUUCCUGGAGCCAAUUCGCUGCCUGGUGCAGAAUCACCUGUGCCAAAAGGAGUUCUGUUUGGCCUGUGAGCUCGGCUUUCUCUUUCAUAUGCUGGAUCUGAGCAGAGGAGACCCCUGCCAGGCCAGUAAUUUCCUGCGGGCGUUCCGGACAAUUCCUGAAGCCUCAGCUCUCGGUUUGAUCCUGGCUGAUUCUGAUGAGCAGACAGGGAAGGCCAGGCUGGGACGUCUAAUCCAGAGCUGGAACUGCUUCAUCCUCACACAGCUGCACCAGGAAACACAGGAGCAGGAAGGACCUCAGGCAUACAGAGGGACCAGCAGUACGCUGGGUUCCUCGGGGGAGUCUGUGAUCGGCAGGCUGUUCGGCUGCGAGGUGGAGAACAGCAGUCUCUGUCGCUGCGGGAAGGAGACGGUGCGCUCCUCACUCACCCUGCUCUUCACCAUGCACUAUCCUGAGCAGAGUUCCCAUGAAAAGGUCCCGGAAUAUGACUUUGCUGAAAUCCUGAAGAAGAGCAUUUGUUUAGAGCAGAGCACACAGGCCUGGUGUGAAAACUGUGAAAAAUAUCAGCCUACCGUGCAGACACGGAACAUUCGCUCUCUGCCUGAUGUGUUGGUUGUAAACUGCGAGGUGAACAGUGUGAAAGAAGCAGAGUUCUGGAAAGCCCAAGCUGAGUACUCCUUUAACAAGGCAUUGAAGAAAGAAGCUGCAGAGCCACCGAAGCCCAAAGAGCCUCUUCCUACGGAGUGGUGUUUAGAGGACGAGGCCUACAGCGCAGAAGGUUUGACUUUCGACACACGAGCCGAAGACCUGAGGCACGUGUGGAUUCCACAGAGUCUAAAGAUGUGCGUCAGUAAGACGCACGGUCUUGAGGUGUGCAGCUGGGGCGAGACUGACGAGUUAAGUCCAGAGGACGAGUCCGAGGGAGCUGCUGUUUAUGACCUGGUGGUCACGGUGCCUCACAUUCUCGACCCACGAACAGGCGGAAACCUGGUGGCUCAUAUCAAAGUGGGAGAGACGUACCACCAGAGAAAAGAGGGGGUCACACAUCAGCAGUGGUACCUGUUUAAUGACUUCCUGAUUGAGACGAUUGAUAAGACUGAAGCGGCUCAGUUCGAUUUAAGUUGGAAGGUUCCAGCCAUCAUGUACUAUGCCAAGAGGAACUACCACACAAAAUAUGACCUGUGCAUUAAAAACCCAAUCGAAGCCAAUGUGCUGCUGACAGAAGCAUCACUGGCUCGCAAACAGAGGAAGAGUCACGCCACGUUCAUCCCUCUGAUGGUGAGCGAGAUGCCUCAGGCUGGAGACCUCGUGGGACUGGAUGCGGAGUUUGUCACGCUCAAUCAGGAAGAGGCGGAGCUAAGAAGCGACGGCACCAAGUCCACCAUAAAGCCGAGCCAGAUGUCUGUGGCUCGUAUAACUUGUGUGAGGGGACAGGGGCCGAAAGGGGUUCCUUUUAUUGACGAUUACAUCUCAACACAGGAGCAGGUGGUUGAUUACUUGACUCAGUACUCGGGAAUCAAACCUGGUGACCUGGAUGCCAAGAUUUCCUCCAAGCAUUUAACCACUCUCAAGUCCACUUACCUCAAACUCCGCUUCCUUAUCGACACGGGAGUUCGUUUCGUUGGCCACGGAUUACAAAAAGACUUCCGAGUCAUAAACCUUCUGGUCCUGAAAGACCAGGUGAUAGACACAGUCUACCUCUUCCACAUGCCCAGAAAAAGAAUGAUCUCCCUGCGUUUCCUGGCCUGGUAUUUCCUGGACUUAAAUAUUCAAAGUGAGACCCAUGACAGUAUAGAAGACGCACGCACUGCUUUACAGCUGUACAGGAAGUACUUAGAGGUGAGCCGCGGGGGGCAGGAAGAUUUCCGGAAAGUACUGAAGAGCGUUUAUGAAAAAGGACGUAAGUUAGACUGGAAAGUGCCGGAGUCUGAGUCUGCAGACAGCCAGGGAAGCCCCAAAGGUACUGCGGUGUUUCCCUCAGUGCUCGGCUUAUGAUCGGAGUGAAAUUCCCUUUUAACAUUCCAGCCACAACAGUCUUCAUGUUCUUCACUCGUCUAUCCAGGAGUCCUCGAAUACCACUGACAAAAAAAAAAAAAAAAACAGCCGGUUUUAUCGCUAUGCUCAUCGUCAUGCUGUUACAAACACUGGAAUAGCAAACACCGAUUGAUACCAGCUAUUUUGGGAACACGUGAACAUUCAGGAAGAAAAUCGGGAUUUGGAAUCGGUUCUUUGAGACUGGUUUAACAGUUUAACAAAAUUUCCGCUUUACAAUAAGCGCUUGUCGAAAUGUUAGCGCCAGAACUACAAAAUUGUGAUAUAGUGAAUAUAAAAGAGUCUACACACCCCUGUUUUUAUGUUAGAUCAGAAAUUGUCCAUCUCAUUGUGAGAACAUUUCAGUAAUAAAAUUGAAACCUAUUCAUUGA